CAACCCAGACCAAAACUAAGUGUUUCCGCCCGGUUUCGAACCGGGGACCUUUCGCGUGUGAGGCGAACGUGAUAACCACUACACUACGGAAACCGUGUGUUGACGCCUCCUACUCCCAGAGUGUCAGAACACCCACAAGUGCCAGAGUCGCUGUGUGCAAUACUUUGCAGUUAUGAAGUGCAUCUCUGAAGAAACUACUCACACAGUUUGAGUGGCACAGACCGUCUGGUAAACUGGCAUAGCAUACGGACGCUGACCUUCUCAGUCCCUUCUUCUACUGAAAUGGCUCUGAGCGGUAAAACUGCAGUAGUGACUGGAGCUGCGAUGGGAAUAGGAAAAGCGAUAACGGAGAUUCUUCUAAAAAAUGGUGCCAAGGUUGUACUUCUGGAUAUGAAUAAAGCCGCAGGGGAGAGUUUGGUCGAAGCCCUGAACAAAGAGUACGAACCAGAUAGAAUGCUGUUCAAGGAAUGCAACAUAAAAUCAGACGAGGACUUCAAAGCUGCCUUUCAGAAAGCCGUAGAAACCUUUGGAGGAAUCGACAUCUUGUGCAACAAUGCCGGCAUCUUCGAUGAGUCUGAGUGGGAGAAUGUGGUCUCCACAAACCUCGUGGGCUCUAUUAGGGGAACUUAUUUGGCUCUGGAGCACAUGAACAAAUCGAAGGGAGGUCAAGGAGGGGUCAUCAUCAAUGUUUCAUCCUUGGCAGGUCUUGGACCUUUGCUUACGGCUCCUGUCUACUCGGCUACUAAACACGGGCUGGUCGGAUUCACUCGAUCCGUUGCAGCUGCCUUUGCAACAUCAGACUAUGGUAUACGGGUCAAUGCUAUUUGCCCAGGUUUUGUUGAAACAAACCUGAUCUCUGAAAUCAAAUCUCAAACGGGUCAAUUUGCCCACCUGGUAGAUGCAAGACAUCACAUACGAGAGAAUCUUGGGGUGUUAACUGCAACCGAGGUAGCAGAGUGCAUCCUUGAGCUGGUGACAGAUGAGACCAAAAAUGGAGAGGCCCUCGUGGUCGUAAAGGACUCAAAAUUUUAUGUGACUUUCCCAACGCUGGAUAAGAGCAGCGACAAACCAUAAAAUCAUCAUGUCAGUAUCUGAUUUCAUUCUUUAAGUAUACUUGAAGUUAAAACACACAAAUAAAAUAAACAACAAACAAAAAAAUAUGCCUCAAACUAUGUUUUGUUUUGGUUUUGCCUCUCCCUGUAAGAUUUUUGGUAUUGUGUGUCAUUAUUCUGUACCUUGAAAAGUUUUGAAUGAAUUCUGGUAAAACUUUGUAAGUGUUUGGAGUGAGGUCAUGUUAACAACCUAUUAAAAUAUGGAUUACAUCCAACAA